AUGAUGAUACUCAUGUUAUCAACCGGCUUAUUCGCAUUACCAGCCUCACAAGAAUUCAAAAAUGAGACAUGCACAGAAAACGGAGUCACCGUAAAUGUGAUGAAUUCCGAAAAGAUCGAAGUAUGCACCGAAUCGUACUGUACGCGAAGAGACAGUCCAACAAUUGAAAACGUGACAGAUGUAUGGCUACCGCCGACUAUAAAACGUCUAGCACACGAACUCCGCAUCAAACGACUACAAGGAAAUACGAUAACAAUUAGCACUAUUCGCUGCCCAGCGGUCAGCUUCUGCAAAACAAUCGACUGUACAUGGUGCAUGGCAAACAUUGCGAACCCAGAAUGCCAUCCGCUAUUUGCCAUCACUGGAGCAAUCGUACUACUCUACCUCCUUUUAACGAUGAUUUAUGUCGUCAGCAGUGUUCCUAUACGACUAGGACAAGCCACAAAUAUGACUUCUGAGACAUCUUUCUCAUAUACGAUCCCUACGAAUCUCAACGCGUACCAACUCGAACGCCGAAGUCUUAAGAUCAAGGAAAUCUUCACCAAUGUUGUUAAAACUGUACGCCAACUCCAAGAAGAAGCAGAGAGAGCUGACAAAAUCAUAACAACAACAACGAUGACAGAACGCGAGAUGGUGGCGUCGACCCGAGAUGUGACGAAACUGUACAGAAUGGCUCAAAAAGGGUUCGAUCGACUAUUGGAUCAAACCGUCAGACUAACGAAUGUCUUCCACCAAUAUUUGGAUGCAAAUCAAAAAGUUCGCGACCUUAUUGAUUUAGCCGUAGUCGAUGCGCUUGACGUGGCAGUAAGAAUGGAUCAAACAGGAGCUGCCGAACGAGAUAUCUCCGAUCAAUACCGAGCGAUCACGAACCGCACAAAAGUACUGAUGGAUCAACUUCGAGAAGUUAUUCAACAAAGCAGAGAACGACAACUCGAGAAGAAUGAACAAGAAUUGCGACAAUGGCAUCGAUUCAUUGUAAGAGCAGAAAUCGGAGUCCAAGAAAUACUCACAACGACGCAAGAAACAUGGAAAUCGACCAAACAAAUGUUUACGACAACGUAUGAUCAUACAAACCAAACGUUGCGUGCGCUGCUUAAAAUACGACGAUCACGACAAGAGAUGCAACAAGACCUGCUACUAUUGCUCAAAGAUCCGAGGGGAAGAUCCAACAACCCACCAUACGUCACUGUGCCCGAAUCUAACAAACCGAUACCCAGACGAAUCGUAGAAUUGUUGUGA